CUAAUAAAUGUAACUUACCAUGUUCACAGGAUGUUGCACUAGGCAAGCAUUGUCCCUGGAUGGUAUCGCAUGCUUAUGACUGGUUUUACCAAGCCCCAGCUAUUUUGGUUCUCUGCGUGAACGUGGUGUUCCUCUUCAUGAUAAUGUGGGUGCUGAUAACGAAGCUCUGGUCCGCGACGAACGUGGAAACUCAGCAAUACAGGAAAGCGAGCAAAGCAUUGCUGGUUCUGAUACCGCUCCUCGGAGUGACUUACGUCCUGGUGCUAACAGGACCGACCGAGGGUCAGGUUGCUAAUGCAUUCUCCUACGCUCGAGCCGUGUUACUUUCUUCUCAGGGACUGUUCGUCGCAUUGUUUUACUGUUUCCUGAAUACCGAAGUACGAAACACGGUGAAAAGCCACAUCGAACGUUGGACCACAGCCCGCGAUCUCGACACAGAAAGAAGAUUGUACUGUCCACCAUCGAAUCCAUACAGAAAAAGGGACUCGUCUGUAAGCGAGACGACGACUACAACCGUUGUUGGAUUAAACUCGACGACCACAUUUCUAGAUAAAUCGAAGAAGGCGAUCUCGGAGGAUAUGAACGAGUAGGAAUGAUUUUGAUUCGAGUAAAGAAAUUUCCUCGAAGAAUCGAUUAAUCGUCGAAAAAUAUUUCAAGCUGCAUGCACUUGAAAAAGAGAUACUCGAAAGCUAAAUCAACAUCCGAAAGAAUGUCUCUAUUUUAUUUCUUUAUUUCGUAUAAACUGUUGACUCUUUUUUUAAUCUGAUAUUUGAAGAGUGAAAUGCCUAUCUGAUGAGAUGGGAAAUUGUUGUUUAUUGUUUAAAAAAAUAUAUGUUUGCGAAUUUUUCAUAGUUAUAGGGAGGAAUAUGGAUUAGAAAGCGAAUUAAUUAUUGUGAAUGUUAUAAGCGAUGAAAGCAAGAGGAAAUAAUAAUUGAAGGAGAAAAAGAUUGAAACGUAUAUAUCUUGUUAAAGAAUUGUUUAUGAAAGAAU